AAACAUUACUGAGAGAGCUCAUAUAUAUCUCAAGAUGUCUUUUGUCAAAUGUUUCAAUGUGCAUCGAGUUGAGCUCGUCUUCUAUCAAAACGCAAGCACUGUCAAUUCCAAUCAAGACUUGCAUGACACCUUAAAUCUAAUUAUUAUUUGCAAAAACUCACCCCUGCCUGUUGAUCAUGGCAGCUUCAUCAUCAAACGAUACCUCUGGCCGGGAAGAUAGUAGCCCGCUUCCACCUCUCCCAGAAAUCCAGAUCGAUAUCCCCCGAACUCCUGCAAGAUCGAAUACCAACGACACCUUAUCGACGUUAACCGAAGGCGCCUCGCCGUCUACUCUGGUCCCAGAACGGACAUUGAGGUCUUCAAAUGCACACUCUCGAUCACCUAGCGCGCUCAGUAGCGCCUCGGGGAAGACCCCAUUUGCCCGCAGUCGCGCACCGAGCGAAGCUACACUUGCGCCGCCAGGUACAUCCGCAGCUGCAUCAACACACAGUGCAGUGAGCAGCUACACGCUUGAGUCACAACGGCAUGAUGAUGCUCUCAAAGCUGAUCCUGGCACUGAGGAGGACUUUGUUGUUCCCAACAACAAGUUUGCCUUCUCACCAGGGCAACUAAACAAGAUGCUGAAUCCUAAAUCACUUGCUGCCUUUAUCGCCCUUGGAGGACUUCACGGCCUGGAGACUGGUCUACGCACAGACGUCGACGCAGGCCUAAGCAUUGAAGAAACAGAACUGGCCGGUACUGUUUCUUUCGAGGAGGUCACCAAUCAAUACAAGAAGCUUCAUAGAACUGGUGGCUCUGGCCUCCCUCGUCCCGUGGAGGUUCGUCAUGUAGACGUUACGGAUGCCGAUCCCGCCACUGGUACGCACUCCAAAGAGGCGUUCUAUGACCGAAAGCGGGUCUAUAGCACAAACACCCUGCCAGCGAAGAAACCGGUCUCCUUCCUGAAGAUCAUGUGGCAAGCGUACUACAGAGAGAACGUCCUGAUUCUGCUUAGUGCCGCUGCUGUUAUCUCGCUUGCUCUUGGAUUAUACGAGACCUUCGGGGUUGACCAUGGUCCUGGAGCACCCCCCUCAGUUGACUGGAUUGAAGGAUGUGCUAUUUGUGUCUCGAUUGUUGUUGUCGUGUUGGUUGGUGCCGUCAAUGAUUACAACAAGGAACGCGCCUUCGUCAAGCUCAAUGCCAAAAAGGAAGCCCGCGAUGUCAAAGUCGUACGUUCUGGAAAGUCUUUCACCAUCUCCGUCUACGACAUUCUCGUUGGUGACAUUCUACACAUCGAGCCUGGUGAUCUUAUCCCCGCAGAUGGAAUCUUCAUCUCUGGCCACAAUGUCAAGUGCGAUGAAUCCUCCGCGACAGGAGAGUCUGAUCAAAUGAAGAAGACCAAUGGCGAACAAGUUCUUCGUUUACUCGAGCGAGGCCACAAUGACCCCAAGGAUCUUGACCCUUUCAUCAUUUCAGGCAGCAAGGUCCUUGAAGGCAUAGGCACCUACAUGAUCACUUCCGUAGGAGUCAACUCAAGCUAUGGCAAGAUCCUUAUGGCAAUGCGGCAAGAGGUGGAGCCGACCCCUCUACAGGUCAAGCUGGACGGACUGGCAAAAGCUAUUGCAAAACUCGCAUCUGCUGCCUCGUUUAUGCUACUCCUCAUCUUGCUGUUCCGUCUCGCCGCCCAAUGGAGCAAUGGAAGCACCCUCAACUCCACCGAGAAGGCUUCACAAUUCAUGGACAUUCUCAUUGUCUCCGUUACGAUUAUUGUUGUUGCCGUUCCGGAGGGUCUUCCCCUAGCAAUCACGCUAUCACUUGCUUUCGCCACAGGCCAAAUGGUGAAGAUGAACAACCUGGUCCGAGUUCUCAAGUCUUGCGAAACUAUGGGAAAUGCAACUACAGUCUGCUCCGACAAGACCGGAACUUUGACACAAAACAAGAUGACAGUCGUUACUGGUACAUUUGGCGAUGAGUCUUUCGACGAUAAGAAUCCUGGCGCAGCGGAUAAUCGGUCGACCGAAUUUGCACAGCGACUCUCCAACGAGCGAACCCGGCUUAUCAUUGAAUCUAUUGCUAUCAACUCUACCGCAUUCGAAGGGGACGGGGGAGAAUUUGGUUUCGUCGGUUCUAAGACUGAAACAGCCUUGUUAGGAUUUGCCAAAACUGUACUAGGCAUGGGCUCUUUAUCCCAAGAACGUACAUCCCAAACUGUGGUUCAAAUGCUUCCUUUCGACUCCGGACGCAAAUGUAUGGGUGCAGUCAUGAAGCUCCCCAACGGAUCUUACCGACUUCUUAUCAAGGGUGCCUCCGAGAUUCUGCUUGCAUACUCGUCUAAGAUCCUUCUGGCGACUGGCGAAACCCACAUGGACACUGCAAAUACUGGCCGCAUUGCCGAUGUCAUUGACUCGUACGCUAAACAAUCGCUCCGAACUAUUGGAAUCAUCUACAAAGAUUUUGCUCAGUGGCCACCUCAGGGUGCCGAGAGUGCAGAGGAUCCAUCUGUGGCGGCGGACUUGGGUGCCCUUCUGGGUGGCAUGACUUUCGUGGGUGUUGUUGGUAUCCAGGAUCCCAUUCGACCAGGCGUACCAGAGGCUGUAGCGAAAUGCUCACACGCGGGUGUAAUUGUUCGCAUGGUCACUGGAGACAAUAGCAUCACGGCUAAAGCGAUCGCUACUGACUGUGGCAUCUACACCGACGGAAUCGUUAUGGAAGGACCCGAAUUCAGGAAGCUUAGUGAACCGGACAUGGAUGCAAUUCUACCCCGUCUUCAAGUUCUUGCUCGUUCAUCACCGGAGGACAAGCGAAUUUUAGUUACCCGGCUUCGCAAGCUCGGUGGUAUUGUUGCUGUUACUGGCGAUGGUACCAACGAUGGUCCAGCUCUCAAGGCAGCCGACAUUGGCUUUUCUAUGGGCAUUGCCGGUACUGAAGUAGCCAAGGAGGCAUCUAGCAUCAUUCUCAUGGACGACAACUUCGCAUCGAUCUUGACUGCUCUCAUGUGGGGUCGCUCCGUCAAUGAUGCAGUACAGAAGUUCCUACAGUUCCAGAUCACUGUCAACAUUACAGCCAUGGUUGUCGCCUUUAUCACUGCUAUUCAGGAUCCCGAAAUGCGCUCUGUUCUUACCGCCGUGCAGCUCCUCUGGAUCAAUCUUUUCAUGGAUUCCCUCGCUGCCCUGUCGCUCUCCACCGAUUUCCCUACGAACGAAAUCCUGGAUCGACCUCCCACACCUCGUAGUGCGUCUAUCAUCUCCAUCACCAUGUGGAAGAUGAUCAUCGGCCAAGCCAUCUACCAAGUCGUCGCCACCUUUGUCCUCCAUUUCGCCGGUCCCCAAUUCCUACCUUACCCCGAGAAAGAAAUGCGUUCCAUGAUCUUUAACAUGUUUGUCUGGCUACAAAUUUUCAACCAGUACAACAACCGCCGCUUGGAUAACAAACUCAACAUAUUCGUCAACAUCCACAAGAAUUACUACUUUAUCGGUCUCAACAUUAUCAUGGUCGGCUGCCAAACCGCCAUCGCCUACGUCGGCGGCGCGGCCUUCAGCAUCGUCCGCAUCAACGGCAACCAAUGGGCCAUCAGCGUAGUCAUAGCUAUCAUGUGCAUCCCCUGGGGCUGCGCCGUUCGAUGUUUCCCUGAUCGUUGGUUCGAAGUUAUCGCCAAAACCCUCGGUCGCCCCUUCGUGAUGAUCUACCGACCCGCCUCGAGGCUCAACGACCGAAUCAUCAGUAAGAUCAUGCCGAAGAAGAAGGGCGGGGAUAUCGCCGUUACCACCGACGCUGCUUCGAGCGACUCGGGAAGUUUCAUUGGGAACGGAAAGACGCCCAUGCCCCGUGUCAGCGGUGACGUCGAGAAGGGUGGUUUGUAGAAUCUCCACCGCCAUAUCACCUCAGUGUUUAUUUUUCUUUUCCGUUACUUCUUCGUUCGGGCCGGCGCAAUAGUACAUAUGGGUAUUUCGGAGUUUCGUUCUUCUUCCUUUGGUUUGGAAGUCUAUCUUAAAAAGACGUAGAUAGAGCUCGCGCAAUGCGCUUGAGCCUGGAUUUGUACCUUUGCGAAAAGGAUCUUGAUUCAUGGGGCAUACAGACUGUCCCUUCACCCUCAUUAUACCCCGGAACUGGACGGCAGGAAAAAAUAC